AUGGUUAGAUUAUUUGAAGUACGACAAUUUCUUGGCAGCUUUGUCAUGAAAAUCGAUACGCCCUAUGCUUACCGAAAAAUGCUUGUCCUCGACAGUGUCUAUUCAGCAUGCCAUGCCACUGUAAAAAGCUUCAUAUUGAAAUUAGGUUUUGACCAAGCUUUCAAGUGAUUAAUUUGAUUGGGAAACCAGUAUCCAAAUAUACAGGGUGUCCCGAAAAAAGUGUGCAAUAUUCUACCAGCGGUUUCUAGAGCUUUUAAGCUUACAUUUUAAUGUAACAGGGACGGACUCAGGAUAUUUUAGC